AUGACCUUGGAGUCUCUGACGUCUGACUAUAGCUCCUGCUUCGGCUGCCUUCAUGGCUUGGGGGUGGACCUCUCCACUGGGAGCGAUGACAAAAGUGCGUGGGAGCAGCAGGGAGAGGAAAAAACGAAUCCAUUGAGUCCACUGGAAGAGUGGGCGCUCCCAAGUUUCCUCAUUCAGCGGCCACUGGCCGAUGAGACUCCCCGCCCCACAGCCCCUGGCAUGUUAACCCAACUCUCAGAUGAACUGUCUAAUUUGCCUCAGCUUGAAAUCCUUGAUAUCUCACAUAACAAUAUAAAAGAACUUCCAAAGAAUAUAGGAGAAUUAAAAAGUUUGGUCAGUUUCUACGCCAGUAACAACUUGAUAAAUGCUCUUCCACUAUCUUUUGAAUCUUUAAACAAGCUCCAGCAUUUGAACAUGAGUGGAAAUCAUCUGACAACAUUGCCUAAUAGUCUCAAUAAUCUUUCGUCAUUGAAGGAAAUAAAUUUUGAUGACAAUCCUUUGAUUAAGCCUCCACCUGAAAUCUGUAAAGGGAAGAUAUUAAAUGUUAUUGGACAUUAUCUACAGAAAGCUGAGGACAGAGAUGAGAAAAUCUUGCAGAAAUUGUUCAGGAUAGUGUCUCGCAAUCUAUCUGGAGCGCAGUUCGAGUUUUUCUGCGAAAAGCUACAAAUAAAGAAGCCCAUGAUUGAUGUUCUAAUGAAGAAGAUCGAUACUAAAUUGGAAGAAGCCAUUCUUGAGGCACUCAACAUAUGGAGAGUGGAAAAAGAUCCCCCACUAAAUCCUGCUGUAUUGCGAGACCAACUUACAAGAAUAAUAACUAUAAUGGGGAUACAACAACUAAUUGAGAAAGUCACAGCUCUAAAGCUUUGUACCCAGUUAUUCAAAUUAUAAACACUCUAUAGAAAUCAAAUGAUAGCUUAUGAAACAUUUGUCUCAUUGGGCCUAUAAAUUUGAAUAUUUUCACUGUAACUUUAUUUUAGAAUGAUGGAAUUGUUAUGAGCUGGUCUCUAUCACAGCU